AUCAUUGUUUAGCGGACGGGACUUCCUUGUGGCAUUUUAUCUCGACCUUGUCCGAGAUUUUUUUACAGUUGAAGGAUGAAAAUCACAACGAUAAUAAUAAUCUCACUAAAACUGAAGGUACAAAUUUCCAAUCAGAUUCUUCCAUGGAUAUCACAGUCUCUCGAAAACCAAUAUACAAGCCUUAUUUUCCUGAAGGAUAUGGUCCGAUCAUCAAGUUACCAUACCUCGAACCAGACGAGUUCGUAUCUAGGUUUGAUCCAGGCGUACUAAGAGAAAGAAUUUUUCAUUUUUCGGUGAAGGCAAUGUCGAUGUUGAAAGCUAAGGCUAACAAAGAAUGUGACAAUGUUACCCGUGUUAGAAAUUUGGAACCGAGUAUAAAGACUAUUUGUUCGUAUUCUUUAAAUUGGCGUACUCGAAUUACGCCUCCGUUCUCCCAAGAGUGUUUCGGGAAUUACAUUAAAGGAGUGCAAUGUGCAUCCAAGGUGGGCGACUUACUUGGGCUUGGUUUAGGCUCGACUGCGUUGUUGAUUCGACAAAGUGUGGAGUCUAUUGACGAUACUGAAAUUCGAAAACACCUUCAUAAUCUUGCUAAGGCUCCUUUUGUGGCGCAAACAGGCUCAAAAUCUGCGUAUUAUGAGCCUAAUGGAGUGUUGAUUGCCGGGUCUGCAAAAUUUGAUAUGUAUGGUCCUGAAUUUGGACUUGGUAAAGCAGUGGCUGUUUUAGCUGGGUAUGCUAAUAAGGAUGAUGGGAAGGUGACCUUGAACCCGGGCCGCGAAGGGGGAGGAAGUGUUGAUGCAGAUAUAAGUCUUAAACCUGAGACGAUGAAUGCUCUUGAAUCCGAUGAGGAGUUUAUGAGUUUUGUCUCGACAAAAUGAUGUAGACGGGAUUUUGUCUCGUGUUUUAUUUGAUUAUCUAUCUUUCAAUACUUUAAUCCAACUUAAUGAGUUGCAUCUAUGAGGUAACGAUAAUAAGAACAAAAUAUCAUGAAUACAAUAUUAUUCCGUGUAUUGUAGUAAGAAACAAUUGUACUUGUAAAAUACUCCGUAAAACACUUGCAUGUA